AUGGCUGAUAUCAAUGAUCGAUCCCGAAUUUCGGUGUCUCCCUUCGGAGAUCCGAUUCCUGUCAGCACGGCGGAGUUUCGAGCAGUAACUCAUGAGCCAACAAUGCCUGACGACGACAUCAUCAUGUUCGAUCCGUCGGAGAUUUUUAUUACUUCACCCAUGCAGGAGCCCAGUCAUACCUCCUUCCUCCCCACCGAGAACAUGCAGACCGUGAUUGACCUGACUUGUGACGAUGAAAGCAACCAAGCCAUGGAAGAAUUGACCUCUGACAUGGCUAAUGUUGCGGCUCCCUCCGCCAUCGUCCCCGGCGACGACUCAGCAAGUGUCCGGUCUUCCUCCGGCAACUCUUCUCUCAUCAGCAACCAGUCUGCCAGCUGCAGCCCAACGCCAGAGACAGCGCAGCAAGGAAUCAACAUUGGGGGAAUUGUGUUCAAAGCUGGAAUUUCCUUGGAGCUUGAUGAUGGCUCUUUCAUGCGUGUGGAAGACGUGAUUCCUCAACCUCAUGACCUACGUUUUUUCGGCAGGCGUCUUUACCGCACGACUCACCCCGAAGCCAAGACAUACCUUCCAAAACUCAACGAUGAAUUGGUCUGGCUCACUCAGAACACAGACCACGUCAGCAUCAAGAGAGUCAGACGGGUUGUGCCCAUUCGCUUCACCAACUAUCGGACUGACUUCAACAACCUCACGCCGGGAGCAGAACUGACUUGCCGACUGAAGCUCACCAUUCGCCAGAACGGGGUUGUCAUUAUCCCUGGCCACGCACCUUUGAGUGCAGAACAGUGUGCAAUUGAAUGGUUGAACUUCUCCGAAUCAGAUCAAGGACUUGGCAAACCCGCGAACCAGCUGCGUGCCGAAUGGAGAGGGCAGACUGUGCCUUUCGGUGAGGCCAGGGCGUCUUCUAUGGCUAGGGAUCUUGAACGACAGGGAGUGAUUGAUCUGACUGCCCCUGACCGUGCAUACACCUUCGGUGACGCUUACUGUGGUGCUGGUGUUUUCUUACCAACGAUCCGAGAUUCCUACGAGUUGAUAUUGCACACUGUUCGCCCCCCCUGCCAAACGUGGUCUCCUGCUCAUACCGUACCCUGUCCUCGUGAUGACGCCAACUCUGCCUGCGUAUUUUCGGCUGGAAGCCUGAUUCGAGAAUCACGUCCCCGGGUGUUGACCAUGGAGGAAACCAUGGGAUUGCCGCAACGAUUUCCCGUCAUAUUUAACCGAGUUGUACUGGACAUGGUUGAAUUUGGAUAUUCUGUUCGCUGGUCGGUACUGGGGUGUGACGAAUAUGGUGUGCCCCAGGAGCGAAAGAGGCUGCUUCUCAUUGCUGCGGGACCCGGUGAAGUCCUGCCACAUUAUGCACAACCCACUCACGGCAUGCCUGGCCACGGUUUACUUCCCCGAGAGACCAUUUCAUCCACCAUCGACAACAUUCCUCCCCAUGCCGACGAUCACAAUGUUGAAGGGGCACUGGCACGGUGGGCUCUGAGUCACCGACCGUCGUUUGAUCGCCACUCUCUAGCUAGGACCAUUACUUGCGGUGGCGGCGAAUACAACUACCACCCCUCGGGAACCCGGCCCUAUACCAGUCGUGAGAUGGCCCUCUUGCAGACAUUUCCCCUGGAAUUUCAGUUUACUGGAAGAUUCAUGCGCAAGCAGAUUGGGAAUGCGGUGCCCCCGCUCUUCGCCAAGGCUAUCUAUGGAGAGAUCGUCAAGUCUCUGCGUGAGACCGAUACAGAGGAGGCCAUGGGAAUCUUCCACUGA